CCAUUUUUCUCCUCCCUCCUGUUCUCCUCGUUCCGCACACCGACUCUUUCUCUCUCCUCUCCCUCCUCCCUCCCUCUCUCAUCUGAUCUGCAUCUGCUUUUAUCCUAUUCCUCCCCCUCUUGUUCCUUGUCCCUUCUUGUGUGCCCAAAGAUUUGAUUUUUGUUAAGGAGGCGGAGUCUGAGGAGGACUGGUAGUGGGAGGAAGGAGAUCUUGAUCUGUUCUUGGAGGAGAGAGAGAGAGGAGGAGGAAGAGGAGGAUGGCGGCGCAGGAGCAGGAGCAGGAGAAGCAGCAGGCAAAGACGAGCACCACGAGCUCGCUUCCCUCCAGCAGCGAGCGCUCCUCCAGCUCCGCUCCCAACAACCUCAGGGAAGGAGGGGUGGAGAGCGACGAGGAGAUACGGCGGGUGCCAGAGAUAGGCAGCGGCGCGUCGGCAUCGUCGGGGGCGGGUGCGGACGAGCGGACCAAGGAGGACGGCAAGCUGGGGCAGCAGGCGGCGACCGGAGGGGCUCAGGGGCAGCCACCUGCGGCGGGGAAGAAGCGCGGUCGCACCGCGGGGGACAAGGAGCAGAACCGGCUGAAGCGGCUGCUGCGAAACCGCGUGUCGGCGCAGCAGGCACGGGAGCGUAAGAAGGCGUACCUGACGGAGCUGGAGGCGAAGGCCAAGGACCUCGAGGUCCGCAAUGCCGAGCUCGAGCAGAGGGUCUCCACGCUCCAGAACGAGAACAACACGCUCCGCCAGAUACUCAAGAACACGACGGCGCACGCGAGCAAGAGAGGCGGCGGCGGCGGCGGCAGCAGCAGCAAGGGGGGAGACGGCGGCAAGAAGCACCACUUCGCCAAGAGCUGAUGCUGGUGUGUGCUAGGAGCUGAACUAUUCGUCUGAUCUGACCAUCGUUAUGCUAGGACAUUGUUUGCUUGUUGCUGUUGCAGAUGACGUUUUCUUUAUCUCCUUUUUCCCUACCCCUUUCCUACUGUGCCUUAGUUCGUCGGCUUAGCGCAGGCCUGUCUGUUGUGGUACUACUAGUAGAGUGUCUUUGUUCCCGGAAGAGGUAUUGUAGAGCUGAAUGGUAUAAGCGGGAAUAUAUUGAGUAGGAUCAUAUUUAAAAGAGUAUUUUGAUUGAUGUAUUUGUUUGGA